AAACCACUUUCCUUCGCAAAAAAAUUCUUUGGGUUCUUCUAAGGAGAGUGUCAAAUUAUGACAACUGCAUAUAGAAAUCUACUGAGACUUUUGCGUAACAGUCAGUACAGUCAAAUAAAAUACAUGGCCACUGCUCAAAUGGAGAAACCUGUUGAAAAUUCAAUAAGGAAAAAGUUGACAGAUACAUUUCAGCCUGCUGUCCUAGAUGUGAUAAAUGAGAGUUACAUGCAUAGUGUUCCCAAAGGAUCAGAAACUCAUUUCAAAGUGGUUGUUGUUGCUGACAAGUUUGAAAGUCUACCUCUUAUCAAGAGGCACAGGUUAGUAAAUGAAACAUUACAGGAAGAAUUACAGACUGGAGUACAUGCUCUAUCCAUUGUAGCUAAAACACCCAAACAGUGGGAGGAUAGUGGGGGCAAGGUGUCCAAAUCUCCACCAUGUCAGGGAGGAGCUGGAUUGUGAACUUUUGUUACUGGAACUCUGUGAUAGUAUUGUGCUUGAACACCAACACCAAAACCAGACAAGUAUUUGUAGACUGAACCGUCUUGAGUUUUAGGAUAGAACUUAAUCAAAGUAGUCAAAGGGAAUCAACACUGCAAAGAAUUCUAUACUUUCAUACCAAUUAUGAAAUGAAUACCUACAUCCCAGAAGCUAACUGUUUCGACUUGCUUGGACAAACUUGCCGCUGAUUCUGCUGUUUUCUAAAUGAAUUAAUGACUACACAGAAAUUAAGAAAUUACAUUUAUUUUCAUCAAAGCAAAAUAGAAUGUUGUUUGCUGAUAGAGAUUUUUUGUCUUUUUAAAAUAAAGAAUGUAACAUUA